CUGCGUUGUCGGCAAGCGCUCGUCAUUGUAAAGAUACGAAUUGUCAAGGAACAGACUAACAGACUAAGUGCCUGACUGACUGAAGAGAUUGUACUCUGCUUUCUCGGUAUGCCGACCGACCGAGAGACACAUUCACCCUAUCUUAUCUAGGCCAGUAGUCUUUGCCUAUACCGGAAGCAUUCGGCACGUCUUCAUCUCGUCUAAAAUAUUCAUGAGCCUGAGGCACACAGGCCACUCCGAGACGGAAGUCACUGCAUAACAGUAGCUAUAUGGGCUUGUCUGGUGGAAUGGGGAGGUUCAUUUGGAGGAAGGCAAACUCGACGCAGUUGCCGCCAGCAUGCUGCAACCCACGCACACACGGACAUACAUGUCCAAGAAAUGUAUUCUUCCACCUGGAUAUUCGGCUCUUUGUGGAACAUGACGUAUCUGCACCAAUAGUAUCACACGCGACACCGAGGCACACACAUCUAUGCACGUCUAUGUUCAUUUGUGUGCGUGUGUCUGUGGCCUGACCAACCCGUUGUUCAGAAAGGCGGUGAGCAGCUCCCUGUUCAUUUCGACCACCUGCUGUUGGUGGUCGCCGUACACAUGAACUUCUAUCAGCACCUGUGGGUGACACAUACACACACAGAGAACCGACGUGCACCUGUGUGACGACGCAUCUCUAUGGGGGUGGUCCUUCCUUGCCUGGCGUAUUGGUGGCCUUUUCCUCCACUCUCCGCUCGUCAGAAGCGGGGUCAGCGACUUGAACCUAGAUGAGCACAUACACAAAGUACAUGGAGGGAUGCGUGUGUGUGUGUGUGUGUGCCAUCCUCGUUCUCUUUGAGUCCGCUUGCUCACUCGGCCCCCUCGACAUCGAUCUUGAAUAUGUCGAUCUCUCGGCUCUCAUGACCCAGAGCACUUGCGACAUAGACAGACAGACAGACAGACACUAGCCUUCUGUGUGUGCUGCCCCGCUCUCACGUGAUGAUCUCGUUCAAGCCUGCUGUGAGGGGCCCCGGAUCGUCGGCCUUCAGGUUGGCCCUGAACACAUCAGACACGACACGAAACGGCACAACACAAACACCAUUCCUUUGGAUGGACCAUUCCUUUGGAUGGAAACGAGAAAGGCGUCCGGUGGCGCUUACCCCUUUCCCGGCUGGUCGAUGCCCCAUCUAUGAAAGUGGACAUGCUCGGGCUUGGCCUCCGGAACCGCCACAGUGUGAUCAAACUACGCAUGCCCGGACAGAUACCAAGGACAGACAUCGAUGAAGGGCCAGUCUUGUGUGUGUAUUCUGUGUGCAUACGGUGUGGACUUCGCAUCCGAGUGUCUUGUGUACGCUGUCCUCGAACGACCACUGAGACACAGGGAUGGAACGCACAGCACAUGAGGUGGAAAAGGCCACCCUUAUGUACCUCGUUGGACCCACCCACAGAGUACACCAAGCAUGGCUCGCCUGAUGCGUUGCUGCGCGACCGGAUCCUGCGCGCAGAUGUGCACCACAUGUGAAGCCAUAAACGAGUAUCCGCUGUCUGUCUGCGCGUGUAUGCAAUGCGCAUGUGAGUGCGGGCGGUACCCACCGGUCAGGAUCGCAGACCCACUUUCCACCGUCACCAAGGGUGCCCAAUCGCACCUCAAACCUGCCACACGUUAGUGUGUGCACACGUCGACGAGCGUGUGUGUGGCUGCAGCCCUCACUCGCAGCUCCAAUCGGGAUCGAAGAACAUCUGGUAGAAGGUCUGGCCAUUGGCCCCGCUGAUCUUGCUAAGCCACUUGGGGUCCAUCUGCGGAGAGACACACAUGAGUACACUCAUGAACGUACACAGAAUCCUUGUCGUAUAUCUAUGUGCACCUGUCUGUGCCACAUGACGGCUCUGUUCUUCUUUCUCAGCUCCCAUCUCUGCGCCUCCGUGUAUUGGCUCGAAUCGUAGAAUCCAAGGGACUCCUGCACACCAUCAACAUUCGCCUUCCCAUUUUCAUUACAUGUUUGUACCCCAGCCAUGAGAGCGAAGGCAGCGGGCGAUGUGGCAGCACUCUGCUGCUUGGUGAUCUGCCGCUGUUGGUCCCUCGACGACGUGACAGACGACCGAAGCCCCGAACCUGUGUGUCAACCGGGCAUCACGUGUGAUGGUGUGUCCUGUAUUGCACCUCUAAGCAGCUUCUGGACCAUCUGCGUGACCUGCCACUCGCCCACAAUGCCAUCGAUGCCAUCCUGUGUACAUAUACACAUACCAAAUUGAUAGGCAUAAGUCCUGGUCCGUGUGUAUACAAUGACGAAGGAAUGGCGUAUAGACAUGAGGGCUUAGCAAGAAGUGUGGCCCCGGUUGGCACGCUUACAUCACGUAGGUCACCAAGUUUGCGACGAAUGUCCUGCAAUGUUCGAUGAAGCAAAUUCACGUCGAUUAAUACGAAAACAAUAGCGGCGAAGAACAGGAAGACAGCUGUUCGCACCUCCACCUCCAUUUCUACUGAACUCUAUUUAUUAGUUACUAUUAG